AGAAAAAAGAGAAAAAAUAGCAAUUAAGAAAAGAGAGCAUAGGAUUCCAGAUUCAAGCCAAACCCUCAUUCACAUCCCUGGCGGAGGUAUGCGGUGAGCAUGCGUUAACACAACGAGGAUCGCUGACAAAACGGUCAGUUCCUGAAUAAGCAUCUCUCUCUCUCUCUCUCUCUUCAUCUCUCUCACUUUACUCGUUUCUUCUUCCAUCUUCUUCUACUAAGCAACCAGUCAAAAACCUACCAAACCCAUCUCCCUCCAUCUAAUUCUUCAGCCCCCCUUUCACCAUUUUCCCGAAAAUGGCAGAUGAAAUCCCUAAAACAACCUCACCACCUUCAGACCAAGUACCACAGCCGACCUCUGAGAAUGAACACCCAGCAGCACCUGCUGCAGCUGCUGAGCUUGAACCACCGCCUUUGACAGAAACAGAGGCCAAAGAACAAGAGCCACUUCCGCCACCGCCGUCGCUGCCAGAGGUGACAGAGUCUGAGAAAGAAGAGCUGCCGCCUCCAGUGGCAGCAGUGGUGGAGACUGAGUCGGAGGAAAAAACUCAGAAAGAAGAGCCGGAGCGGAAGCAGAUUCCUCGAUCUUUGAUUUCGUUCAAGGAGGAGAGCAAUAUAGUGGCUGAUCUAUCGGAUUCCGAGAGAAAAGCUCUUCAAGAACUGAAGCAGCUCGUCCAGGAAGCUCUCAACGGCCACCAGUUCACUUCCCCAAAACUCCAAGAGACCCAGGAAAAAGCAGCAGCAGCAGUAGCUGAAGCACCACCACCCAUUUCUGAAUCAGAAACUAAACCGACCCAUGAGCCCAAAAUCGAAGAGAACCCAUUGAAGGAAGCAGAGGAGGUAGCUAAAGAAGCGACACAAUUGGCGGUUCCUCCAGAGGAAGUGUCAAUUUGGGGAGUUCCUCUUCUCAAGGAUGAUCGGAGCGAUGUGAUUCUUCUCAAGUUUUUGAGGGCCAGGGACUUCAAGGUGAAGGAUGCGUUUACUAUGCUUGGUAACACGAUCCAAUGGAGGAAAGAGUUCGGGAUCGAUGCUCUUGUCGAUGAAGAUCUUGGUGAUGAUUUGGAGAAGGUGGUGUUUAUGCAUGGAUAUGAUAGAGAGGGUCACCCUGUGUGUUACAAUGUGUUUGGGGAGUUUCAGAACAAAGAGUUGUAUCAGAAAACGUUUCUCGAUGAGGAAAAGCGAACCAAGUUUCUUCGAUGGCGGGUUCAGUUCUUGGAGAGGAGCAUUAGGAAGCUUGAUUUCAGGCCUGGUGGUGUUUGUACUAUUUUUCAGGUUAAUGAUCUUAAGAAUUCUCCGGGUCCUGCGAAGAAGGAGCUUAGGAUUGCCACCAAACAAGCCCUUCAGUUGCUUCAGGACAAUUAUCCCGAAUUCGUUGCCAAACAGGUGUUUAUCAAUGCUCCUUGGUGGCAUCUUGCAUUGUACACCAUGAUCAAUCCCUUCGUGACCCAGAGGACCAAAAGCAAGUUUGUUUUUGCAAGGCCAGGCAAAUCUGCAGAGACCCUUUUCAAGUACAUUUCUCCUGAGCAUGUUCCAAUUCAAUAUGGUGGCUUGAGUGUGGAUUACUGCGACUGCAACCCAGAAUUCACCAUUGCCGAUCCAGUCGCGGAUGUUACCGUUAAAGCCGGAACAAAACAAACUGUGGAAAUUAUCAUUUAUGAGAAGUGCACCAUUGUGUGGGAGCUCCGAGUAGUGGGGUGGGAUGUGAGCUAUGGGACUGAAUUUGUGCCCGAUACCGAAAAUGGAUACAUAAUUAUCAUACAGAAAGCCACAAAGAUGAGCCCAACUGAUGAACCAGUGGUGCAAAACAGUUUCAAAGUGGGCGAGCUGGGUAAAAUAUUGCUCAAGAUCGAUAAUCCAACCUCAAAAAAGAAAAGGCUUCUGUACAGGUUCAAGAUCGAACCCUUCGAAAACUAAGCAGUUUAAACAAUCACGCACGUAAAACUUCUGUUGUGCACUUGAGGGGAAAGUGAAGAGGAAAGGCAUUGCCAUCAUACUGUUUAUCAUCUUCAUUUUGUUGUGUUUGUAAAGUAAAUUGGGGUUUCUACUUGAGGUUUAUAGUUGUAACUUUCGGUUUUGCAAAAUAAUUUUUCCUUCUCUUGUAUCUUUUGGUUUGUUUUGUGGCAUUAUUAGAAACAAAAGUAUAUUUAUAUUCGAAAGGAAGCGAACAAAUUUGGGGAAAA